CAGGAAGCUGGAGAGAGGGCAGUGUCGCUCACCUUUCACUGCCAUACUGUAACACAGGCGUUUGACAUGAGACAGCCCCCUAGGUGUCUCACUUUCUCAGUGUUUGUAUGGACUGGAGCGCAGCGCCGGCUGCCCGCCUGCCUGCUUCUCGUCUGGCUGCGUUGACGUCAGCGCCGUGUUGAUUUGCUAAGGCGAGAGAAGAAAGGAGUUAGAGCAUGUUCUGAGAGCGGGUACUGCGAACUGCCUUACUAUGCUGUAGCCCCAAUCCCCCUGCACUAUCCGGAAUCAAAACGUGCAACUUAGGUUUCAUCUUGUUUACAAAGAUAGCUAAAAACAUUGUUGAUCGGGGAAGGAGAGCCUCAUGAGUCGGCCUCGUGGUUUGCAUCGACAUCAUGGAUUUAACUAAAAUGGGUAUGAUCCAGCUUCAGAACCCCAACCACCCCAAUUCCCUGCUGCAGAAGGCCAACCAGAUGCGUCUGGCUGGAACUCUGUGUGACGUGGUCAUCAUGGUAGACAGCCAGGAGUUUCACGCUCACAGGACUGUGCUAGCCUGCACCAGCAAAAUGUUUGAAAUCCUCUUUCACCGCAGCAGCCAGCAUUAUACCCUGGACUUUCUAUCACCAAAGACUUUUCAGCAGAUUUUGGAGUAUGCUUACACUGCCACGCUCCAGGCCAAGGUGGAAGACUUGGAUGACCUUCUGUAUGCAGCCGAGAUACUUGAGAUUGAGUACUUAGAAGAGCAAUGCCUGAAGAUCCUGGAAACCAUCCAGUCCUCAGAUGAAAAUGAUGCUGAGGUCAACGCUAACGAUGGAAGCACAGAGGAAGACGAUGAGCGCAAAGGUCACAAUGGAGCCAAAAACUCAAAAAAGCAUUCCAUGGGGAGCCCCUAUCUGUCAGGUACACAGCAAGUCUCUAACAUGCCCGGGGUCGUCGACCAGAGUCCCUCCGUCUCCACUUCCUUUGGUGUCUCCACCCUGAGUCCCACCAAAGCUGCUGUGGACAGUCUGAUGAGCAUCGGCCAGUCUCUGCUCCAGCAGGGCUUUGGUGGUGAACAACUAGUUCACGGCAACUCCAACCAACUGAUGACUGAGAUCAAGACUGAGAUGAUGCAAGUGGAUAUGGGUGGCAAUGGCCAUGAAAGCCCACAGAACAUGGAGUCCAGUGCCUCCAGCAAUGGAGAACGAAGUGGGGAGGACAGGAACAGAGAUGGUCCCGGAACGCCAACCAGGAGCAGCGUGAUCACCAGUGCCCGUGAGCUGCAUUACGUCCGUGACGAAGGCAUGGGCGACUCUCAAGCUGAAGUCAGUCAGAUGGGGAUGGAAGCAAUGGCUGGAAUGACUGAGAAACAUCUGGCCUCUCUCUACUCCUUACCUGUCAAUCAUAAAUCAGAUGCCAUGAUGUCCAUGCCAGUAUCCAUGGCGUCCGCUCUGCCCAUGUCCCCAGCCCUGGCUAUGUCUAUGGACUUCAGUGCCUAUGGGGGACUCCUGCCUCAGAGUUUCAUCCAGAGAGAAUUCUUCAGCAAGCUUGGGGAGCUGGCAGUGGGCAUGAAACCAGACGGCAGGAACCAGCAUGAACGUUGCAAUGUUUGCGGUGCAGAGCUACCAGAUAAUGAAGCUGUGGAGCAGCACAGAAAGAUGCACAGUGGAAUGAAGACCUACAGCUGUGAGCUGUGUGGGAAGAGCUUCCUGGACAGCCUCCGUCUACGAAUGCAUUUGCUGUCUCAUUCAGCUGGCGAGAAGGCCAUAGUUUGUGACCAGUGUGGCGCCCAGUUCCAGACAGAAGAAUCCCUGGAGGCUCACCGGCAGAUCCACACCGGCUCGGACAUGGCCAUCUUUUGCCUGCUUUGUGGGAAGCGCUUCCAGACCCAGACAGCAUUGCAGCAGCACAUGGAAGUCCAUGCCGGAGUUCGCAGCUACAUUUGCAGCGAAUGCAACCGGACUUUCCCCAGCCAUACUGCACUCAAGCGUCACCUACGCUCACACACAGCCGGGGACCACCCAUUUGAGUGUGAGUUCUGCGGGAGCUGCUUCCGAGAUGAGAGCACGCUGAAGGGCCACAAGCGCAUCCACACCGGAGAGAAGCCCUAUGAAUGUAACGGGUGUGGGAAGAAGUUCAGCCUCAAGCACCAGCUGGAAACCCACUACCGUGUGCACACAGGUGAGAAGCCAUUCGAGUGCAAGCUGUGCCACCAGCGAUCCAGGGACUACUCGGCCAUGAUCAAGCACCUGCGCACCCACAAUGGCGCCUCGCCCUACCAAUGCACCAUCUGCCUGGAGUACUGCCCCAGCCUGUCAGCCAUGCAGAAGCACAUGAAAGGCCACAAGCCCGAAGACAUCCCCCCAGACUGGCGUAUAGAGAAGACCUACCUGUACCUCUGCUAUGUCUGAGUCUAGGAAAGUGAAUGAAGAGGGUAGGGGAUGGGUUGAGAGGUAAGGGGAAUGUAACAAAGCGGAUAGGAGGCAUGAGUGUUGACGAUCGAGGAAUGUCAACGAGAAGUGACUGGAAAGCAAGAGGGUUUGUUUUCUGUUUUUUGUUUUCAUGCAAAGGCAAGCGAUGAGGGCGGGGUGGGGGGAAAGGGUGGUGAUGGUGGGGCAAACGUGCUAAGAAGAGGAAGUCUUGGACACGGAGAUCAAUUCUCCACCAUUGUUCGGAUUCACCGGGUCAUUCACUACAUCUGCAACUGUGUUAUUGUUUCAGGUCAUUUCAUGCAGCGCCAUAAAGUGAGCAAGCUGCAAGGAAGUGACUUCUUGGAUGCUGCUGAGUUGAGAAAGCAGAUUCUCAAGGGCUAUCUGAACCUCUACAUCCAUGCUGUCGGGAGCCUUCACUGCGUUUUGAGGUCUUGUUUUGCUCAAAAAAUGGAAAACUUUUUGGGGGGGUUUUGUUCUGCAGUGGUACUUUGUGCUUUCAUGCUCAAAGUAUCACUGCAAACCUACAUCUUUCUGGUUACGAACUACAUAAAAAAAAUAUCUCAGAAGAAGACUGAGACAUGUUUUUUAACAUGCAUGCAUCCUGAAGAAACUAAUACUGUGGAGUAAAUGAACAGCUUUGGGGGGGACAUACACGCAACCUUCUCCUUUUCCAGUAGAGGAUGUAUAGGUUUUGUCACCUUUUUUGUUUUAUGCAUGAGCAGUUUUCACAGAAAUCUGCCCGUUAUCCUGUCCAUGUCUGAAAAACCUUCAGAUCCCAAUGGUGGCAGUGAGAUAGCCCCUGAGAAUCAGCAGCAGAGCCGGUAGGCUUAUGCAGUAGAUGAAAACAGUUGAACUGGACGAGUAGAAGCAUUAAUUUAAUGCUGCAAACCAAGCACCCAUUUGGUUGUGAGUGGGGAAAAUGCUAGCGCUGCUCUUUGUCGGAAGUGUCGAAAGUGUUCUCAGUAGUCUUCCUCGUUCUGCAUCUCUUUCAGAUGAGGGCUGGAGAAGGUUGAGUCACAACUGGCCACUCACGGUUCUCCCCAGAGAGCCACAGGCUAACUUGUGUUACUUUUUCAUCAUAUAUAUACAUACAUAUAUAUAUAUUUUUAUUUUUUAUCUUUUUUGCUCUGCAUCGUAGUUUAUUACGGCUUAAUUGCACAAGUAAAACAAACUACGACAACAGUCUCUGUUUGACGUCAGCAAGGUAUAUACUUUUUUUUUCAUCCGCUCAUAACUCGCUACAAUAUUUCACAUUAAACCCUGCCUAUUCACUUAUUGAGCAAUAGAUAACUGGACUGCUUGUAUCCAUGUACGUUUAACCAGAUGACUAUCAUUUUUCCCACACUAACAAGAAAGUACAUAAACUGACUGACACGCAAACACUUCAACUGCAAGAGAUCUGUCAGUUCACCGGAGUGAUUUGAAAUCCAAGCAGCGGAAAGUGACUUGGGAAAAGGUUGCUGUCUGUGAGAGUCCUGUGACUUUACCUGCUAGUUGUAAAUGUUGAGGAUGCCUUAGCUGCACACCUUAAUGUUUGUCAUAGGUGGUGUGGCAGUUUGAAGACUGUUAUAUGGCAUAGUGACAUGAAUGUGAACGCUUGUAAGGCGGGCUUCUACUACCAUGUAAGCAUACAUACUGUAGCAGGUUAAUGCUGCCUUUCAGUCAGUAAUUCCCAGGUUAUGAUUAGUUUCCAGUGGGUCACACUGGAAGACUUUCUCCAUCCAACAUUAACAGCAUGCAUGCUUACGUUCCAGCAGGCAAGACUUGCUGGGCUACGCACCUUUUCAUCCACGAGCCCCAGGUCAUUGUGUGGAAGUGAGGUUUAUUUUGGAAUGUGCACCACUUGAGUACUGGCAGGUCCUGCGUUAUGUUACAGAUAUUGUAUUCAGAUGAUGCAUAUUCCCAAAUGUAGUUGCACUGAUUUGAAUUACCACUGAGGCUUUUGGCAAAGAUAUAGCUAAAAGGAUGUGUGUUGGAUACCUGUUUACAACACAGCAUAGGGAAAAGGGUAACAGCUGUAAAGCAGGCGUGAUAUUUCAUGCUAAGCUGUAACACUGACCUUGGUUCUCUUGGGGGGGGGAAAAAAACACAUAACCUGAGAAACUCCUGCUCCAACAUUUUCUCUGACUACAAGUCGGCAAAGUCUUUUCUUACACCUUUGAAAUGCAGCAUUAGACCUUUACGGUAUACGCAGUCAGGUAUUAUGGUUGAACCUUGGGAGUUUUGAUGAAUAUCACUGCACGUCACAGCGUUGUAUCUGGUUGAUCACAUAUCCAAGAAGGGGGAGAUCACUGAUUGGACGAGACACAGCCCAGCAGCUUAGGGGGCGACCAGUAAGAUGACAGAAUAAAUCAACUCUUUCUCUGUGGUUUUUGUCCCUGCACUUCGUCUCUCUCUCGUCUUGUUUUGUUGUUGUGGGUUUUGUUUUUUUCUUAUGAUUUACCUUGAGUUUGAUCUCAACACAUUGUACUUGAAUUACCUCGUUUUUGUGACCUCAUGUUCCUUUUGUGUAUUUUAAUUUUCCCUUUUGUUUCAUUCGUUUUGUUUUGUUGUUUUUUGGGGGAGUUCUUUUGUUUUUAUUUGUUAGUUAGCGUGUGUUGGAAAGGUGCAUUGCGAACAUGAUUGAAGCAAUGCGUACACGGAAAAAAAAAAUAAGUGCCACGGCGAAGAGAUUUGUUUGUUUUUUUCUUAUGUUGCGUAUUUCUUUGUGCAUUACUCGUUACCAAACUUGGUAUUAUUAACCCUGCUUGUUAAAGAGCUGGAAGGUUUGGUCAUUUGUUAUAAAAGCUACCUCUAAGUUGUCGUGUUGGUUUUUUUUUUUUUUUUUUCUUGUUUUUUUCUUGGUAAAAGCACAUUUUUUGCAUUUGUGUUUUGCAUUGUU